GAAGUAGGCGGAGAGAGAAAGCACGAGGGAGUGUGAGCCUGUCCUCUGUUUUUAAGACUAAUAACAAUAAGACAUACUGAUAAUAACAGUGCAUCUGAUGUCCCGAGCUGUGUCUCCGCCGCCGUGAGAGGACGCGCCGGCUGUCAGCGGCUCUGCUGCGGGGCGACAUCGUCUCUGGGCGGCCGGGGAGUGAAUGAGGAGGACCGCUGGCCGACAGGGAGCGGUCCUCUCAUCCCAGGGCUGCCUCCUCCUCCCGGAUGGAGACCGGCUGCGUGCAGGCAGCGAUGGCCGCGGGAGAAGCCUGUAGGAAAGGCUCGCUUCGGAACGUGGCGGUGGAGCGCAAGAACCUCAUCGCGGUCUGCAGGUUUUCGGUGAAGACGCUGUUGGAGAAAUACACAGCCGAACCGAUAGAUGAUUCCUCCGAGGAGUUCAUCAAUUUCGCGGCCAUCCUGGAGCACAUCCUCAGCCACCGACUCAAAGCGUCCGGCAGCUGGUUCGACGGUCAGAGGAGUUACUGGGACUACGUCCGCCUGGCCUGCGCUAAAGUCCCCAACAGCUGCAUCGGCAGCAUCGAGAGCAUGGAGAACAUCAGCACCUCCCGAGCCAAGGGGCGAGCCUGGAUCAGAGUCGCCCUGAUGGAGAAGAGGCUGUCUGAAUACAUGGCAACUGCACUGAGGGACAGCAGAACAACCAGGAGGUUCUAUGCAGAGGGAGCCAUCGUGUUGAGAGAGGAAGCCACGGUCCUCACGGGGAUGCUCAUCGGUCUCGGAGCCAUAGAUUUCAGUUUCUGUCUGAAAGGGGAGGCCUUGGAUGGGAAAUCCUCCGCAGUGAUUGACUACACGCCGUACUUGAAGUUCACACAAAGCUAUGAUUACCUGAGCGAUGACGACGACCGGCAGAGCGUUGAAAGCAGCACGAGCGACGACAGCGUCCCCGAUCACCCGUACGUCCCCCUGGUCCCCGACGAGGAGAGCUGGAGCACAAAGUGCCGCAAGAUGGAGCAGAGGUUCAAGAUCGUCAACGCUCAAAAGGGUUACCUGGAGGAGCUGGUGCGCCUGCGUGAGUCCCAGCUGAAGAACACAGAAACAGAGAACAAGAGGCUGAAGGCCCGACUGGAGGAGCUGCAGAGCCACAGCACACAGGAGAAGAAGGACCUGGAGGCCGUGGUCCUGGAGCUUCAGGAGCAGAUGACCAGCUUGAUUCCAUGUGACUCCAACCACCUGGCCAAAAACCUUUCAAUCCCUCUGGUCAACCAGUGGCCGACGCUGCAGCCGCACAAAAGCCAAGACGACGUCAAGCUGUUCCGCAGGAGGAGCUUCCCGAGCAGCGAGCUGCUGUCAGUAGACAUCAGCCUGGACUCCGACUCCCAGAGAACUGAGGGGAAACAGAAUGGAGGAGCCUGGUGCACAGACAAGGACUACACCCCCUCCAUGAUGGGCCUCUGUGGGUCCCUGGCCUCCCUCCAGAGCAGUAAGUCUCUGGCCAGCCUCAAGUCCAGCGAGUGCCUGGUUAACAUCAGCACAGACAACAGUCCCGCCCCGUCUCCCUGCUGGGGGGCGCCAAAGACUCACUGCCGACCACGUAACUGACACUUCAACACGGAUACUGCAAGAAUACUUUUGUGAGUCCCUGUACCUUUCUGCUGGCGCUGUCUUAACCUUAAACCUUUUAAGAAUUUGUAAGAAAAAAAAGAGUAGCUUCGCCGUCUGGGAUUGUCCAGCGAAGAGGAAGAGCUGCUGCGUUUGCCCGACGGCCUCCUGCAGUUUCACCGCGUUCAAUUGUCUUGACACGAUUAAGUCUCCUGGAAUGCAAACAAACUCUCUCACGUCUUGAUGCUUAAGUCAUAUCUGCACCGGUCACAUUGAUCAGAGCCCGACUGGCGUUGUCCUGUGUGUACCUGCCCGUUUGUCUGCGUCCGAUCCGUCUGUCGAUGUAUCUCGUUCUGCCUCUUGCAUAAUAACAGCAGCGCAGGCUGAAGGAGCCCUUAUUAUUUCUUAGGGAACCAAAACAAUGGUUUGCCAUAUUAUAUUACAAUAUUAACAGAGAAAUUUAAAAAAAGAGAGGCUUGUAGUGUGCUGAGUUAAAAUGGCCAGAGGGACUUAUGAUUAAACCUAUUUGGAAUUAACAGAAGCAGCUUUGUGUGGAAUUAGAAUAAAUUAAAGGCUGUUUUCAAUCAUGCAGUAGCUUAGAUUUUGGAUCUGACACUAAAGACCUGUCAGGCUGCAAAGGUUUGCAGAGUCUUGUGGACAUUAGAAUUAGACUUAAUAUCUAUUGCAUACAAAUGCAAAGUGCAUUAUGACUAUGCAGAAUGAAUGUUUUCAUUGUCUUUUACAACAAACCUGGCAUUAUGAAGUAGUGUUGUUGAGAGAGAAAUAGUGAAUGUGCAACAAGUAUUUGUCAUUUUUCAUUUUUGACCAUUGUUUUGUGUGUUCUUUUUGUAUUUGAAUAAAACUCUUGAUAUACUUACUUGUACCAUUCACCUCCAUGUAAAUUGCAGUCCUGUGUAUUGCUGUUGAAAGUUGGGAUGUAUUGUAUUAUUUCAAACUGCAAUAAAACUGCCUUUUUUUUAAGCAUUA